AUGUAUCACUCGACCGAGGCUCAGCAUGACCCUCUACUGAUAUUUAAUCAGAUAUCGGCCCGAUUUUUCACCACGUCGUCAAGCGGCAGCCCAAGAAGCCCCCGUCGUGGCCGCUACCCAAGUAUCGAACUUGAAGGGGGAUCAACUUCAACCUUGACGCCCACUCCGAAGAGGCCCAGAUCCUCUGCUGAAGACCGCCCCGGUACUUCCAAGAUCCCUCGAACCGAUGAUCCCGAGUGCGAAGAUACCCACGCCUUGAGCCAGGGAAACCAAUCGGAUGACGGCCGACACAAGAAUCACCAACCCGAUCACGACGAGCUACUCAGUGACGACGAACUAUCGAGCGACGACGAGACCUACAGCGCCAUCGCCAUCUCCGAUCCACCGUCACCGCAGCCGUAUAUCACAAGACUUGAAUCAGAAGGUUCCCCUACUUCCACCGCAACACUGCCGGGCCCUUCCGCUGUCACAGCGACCUAUGCUGAAACGGCUUUAUCCAAGGUCGACGAAUCUCUCCACUAUACGCUCAAAUCGAUCCAGGACGUUCGCACAGAACUCGAGCGCAACGAAAAACCACUGAGAUGCCGUCUUUCCACAUCGCUUCGUAAAGUUGAAUCUUUAGAGGCAGAGCUCGAGCGUAUCGCGGACGAACUCGGCAAAAUACGUGUGUCACUACCAGCCUUCCAUUCCUUGCUAUUGAUCGAGACACGAUCGAUCUCGCCAUCAAGCAGUAUCAUGAAAGGGCAGAUGCCUACCAAGAGACCAUUAAAGUCCUAA